ACUUCCCCAAGGCUCAGUACUCAGUCCUCUGCUUUACAGCAUAUACACUCAUGACCUAGAAUUGUCUGUAAAUAAUUUUUGUAACAUUCUACAGUAUGCUGAUGAUAUUGUCCUCUACCACAGCUCGGUCUCAGUAGAGGAAAUAUCCCAAUGUCUAAACUCGGCUUUGUAUUACCUAGGACAAUGGCUGUCUGACCACGGCUUAUCUCUAUCCGUGGCUAAAUGCCAAGCAGUUGUGUUUACAAGAAAAAGAUCUCACCCUACAUUUAACUUUUGCUAUGAGGAUCAACCCAUCAAUCUAGUAGACAAAGCAAAAUUCCUAGGUAUUAUACUGGAUAGCAGACUGAACGGAUUACCGCAUACUGAAUAUGUAAUUAAGAAGUGUGAGAAAGGUAUAAAUGUUCUGCGGGCAGUGGCUGGAGUUUGGUGGGGGGCCCAUGCCUAUUCCCUUAAGCUUUUAUAUAAUGCCUUAGUCCGUAGCCAUGUUGAUUACUGCUCAUAUGUUGUAGACCCUCUAAAUAAAACUACCUCUGAAAUGCUCAACCGAACUCAAUACAGAUCCCUCAGGAUCAUUCUGGGGGCAAUGAAGUCCUCCCCUACUAAUGCUCUGCAGGUUGAAUGUGUUGAUCCUCCUUUGCAUCUGCGUAGGCAAUAUCUCUGUGAUCGUUAUGUUAGCAAAAUGUUACAACUGUCCUCCCACCCUUUGUGGUUUAGAUUAACUCAAUUGUCACAAGUUCUUAGACCACGCAAUCCUUCUUCAUAUCUAUUAGAUAGCUAUCAGAAAUUUAUCAAUCUCCCUCAUCCAUUAGUGACUUCACAAAUAAACCCUUUAUACUCUACAUCCUAUAAAGCCCUAGUCUUUGAUCCUGCCGUGGUCACAGAUCUUGGGCUAGUUAAAGGAGCCCUUGAUACUAAUGUAAAGUUUAAUAACAUAGUUUGUCAAAAUUGGCCAAACCACCUCCUUAUUUACACUGAUGCAUCAAAGUUUUCCCCGGAAAGCUUUGUUGGUGCAGCCUGCUGGGUUCCAAGGUUUAGAAUUGCUCUGCAAUUUAAGUGUCCUCCAGAGUCUUCGGUAUUUACAGGGGAGGCUGUUGCCUUGCUGGAGGCAAUCUUAUUUGUCCGAUCCCAUAACAUAAAACAAACUGUUAUUUUUACAGACUCUCUUAGCUGUUUAUACUCCAUUAAGGAAAACCCAUUCCGGAGUAAGUCUAGAUUCCCUAUUGCUCUAAGGAUCAGGGAGGCUCUGUACUCCUGCCAUCAAAAUGGAUUAGCUCUAUUAUUGGUCUGGAUACCAGGGCACUCUGGCAUCACGGGUAAUGAAACUGCUGACUUAUGUGCUAAAUCAGCUGUUCAUUUGGGCUCCCUGGAGCAUUUCAAAAACAGUUCUCAGGAUCUCAGCGCACUGGCAAAAACAUAUCUAAUCAGAUCCUGGAAGUCACUUUGGAAUGAUUCCAAAUCAGUUAAAGGUAAAUAUUACGCUUCUGUCCAAACUGAUAUCCCUAGACGUCCAUGGUUCUUCUCUUGUAAAUAUGCUGAUAGGUGGGUUACAUCUACAAUAUGCCGUUUACGCCUUGGCCAUGCCUGCACACCUGUUCACCUGAAUAAGAUUAGAAUAAGGGAUCACUCCAUAUGUGAAUGUGGCUUGGAAGAAGGCACUGUCUCCCAUAUCCUCUUCUCUUGCCCUAAACUCCUUCAUCCCCUCUAUGAUGUUCUCCCAGUCCAAGUUCCUCGUCCUCUAAAUGUUGAGUGUCUGUUAAUGUCUGUGUUUAGCCCAUUCUGUAGAUUCCUAUGUAAAUAUGUUAAGUGUAAUAAUAUUAAGUUGUAAAUAUAUAUGUAAGAACCUUCCUAUCUCUAACAAACUAACAUUCUGAUUAUCUGUUUUUCUGUUGGAAAUUAACUCAUAA